GUCUAUUCGAGUGACGAGUAACAACCAAUGUUUAACAUAAUAUGGUUCAUAGUUCACUUGGAUGGUAUACAUUAAGUGAGUAACUAUAUUUUUUUAAAUAACUACAAUAUCUUUUGAAUAAAAUCGCGUUAAAUCUUAGUGGGACAUUGACCUGAAAAAUAAGAAAUCUGCUUAUCAAACAGAGUCUAGAAACCCUAAAGUUAUUUGGAACCGUUUUUAUUAUCUGUUUUUAACCUGUCAAACAGGAUAAAUUUAUUCUUUUCGCAUUCCGUUUGUGAGUGCAAGACUAAAAUGAAAGUAGCAGUGAUUGGCGCAGGAGUGGCUGGCGUUGCUUGUGCUAGAAGGUGUUUAGAAAAUGGUUACCACUGUACGGUUUAUGAAAGGACUAAUUGCGUUGGUGGGACAUGGGUUUACGUCGAAAAAGUGGGAACUGACGAAUUUGGCCUGCCAAUACAUACGAGCAUGUACCAGAACUUGAUGACUAAUCUACCAAAAGAACUGAUGUAUUUCCCCGAUUUUCCUUACGAAGAUAAUUCUGAUUCAUACUCGCUUAUAAAAGCACACGAGGUGCAAAAUUAUAUCGAACGGUUUGUUGACCACUUUAAACUGAGGAAACAUAUUCGGUUUUGUAAUUUAGUGAUUUCGGUUGAAAAACUAGUUGACACAAAUAGUUGGCAAGUAACUGCAGAGGACUUGAUUACAAAAAAGUCAAACACUGAAAAUUACGAUGCCGUCAUGGUUUGCAAUGGACAUAAUGCUGUGCCAUCGAUGCCAAAAAUCAUUGGAAUGAACGAAUUUUCCGGUAUUAGUUUACAUAGCCACGACUAUAGAGUUCCCGAAAAUUUUGCGAACAUGAAUGUACUCAUAAUCGGAUCCGGUCCCUCUGGGGUCGAUAUUUCUGUAGAUGUGGCUAAAGUAGCUAAACAGGUAUUUUUAAGUCAUCACAAUGAAAAGAUACUGAGUAAGAAAUUCCCAUCUAAUGUUAUUCACAAACCAGAUGUCGAAUCUAUUUCAAAAAAUACUGUUUGUUUUAAUGACAAUUCAAUAGCAGAAAUGGACGCCAUUAUAUACUGCACGGGGUUCAAAAUAGCACUGCCAUUUUUAAAAUCUAGUUGCGGAAUAAAUGUUGAAGAUAAACUGAUUACUCCGCUUCAUAAAAUAAUUAUAAAUAUCAAUAAUCCAACGAUGGGUUUUAUUGGAUUUCUGAACAUGACAUUCAUAUUUCGAGUAUUCGAUUUACAAGUUCGAUAUUUUCUGAAAUUUUUUCAAAAUCAUUUAAAUCGUUGUCCUCAAAAUAUGGACUUUAUGGUUGAAGCAAAGACGCAUUUCAUCGGAGAUUCAGUUUUUAAUUACUGCAAAUCUAUAGCCAAUGAACUUCAAAUUGAACCAAUUCCAGAUAUAUUUUUUGAAAUCUAUAGACUUCGCGGUUCUAUUUGCUUUGAUGGAAACCCUUCAAGUGAAAAGGAGCUGCCUAUCCCUCAUACCGCGACGGAGUGACCCGUCUAGAAACUAACUCAUGUUGGCAGUGUUGGCUUGUUAAGCAACAUGAUAAUGAUGAUAAAUCUUGCGGUAAACUUAUAAAUCGAAAUUUUAGAAUUUAUCAUUCAGCAGUAAUAAAAAAAAAAUCGACGACGAUAAAGAAUUAGAUUAAAAAUAAAUAGCAUAUUAUCCUGUUGAUAAAAAUAUGCUGUGUAUCAACUUACAUUUUAUUUAAAUAAAAAUCCUUUUGAC